UUCCCGAAAUUUUGUUGUAUUCAACUGUUUCAAGUUUCAAUUUGCUUGCAUUUUGAUUGUUUGAAAGCUGAUGUGUGCAGUUCUAAAUGUGUAGAUCUAGAGUCUACUGUGUCAUGCUUGAUACUGAGUUUUAGCUUUUGACGACUCGUUGUGAUGUACUGGGGAAAGUGUAGCUGGUGGCAGGGCUAAGUGGACUUGAGCUUCUACAACAAAUGAUCCAAUCAUGAAGGUCCUGACUUGGAAUAUAAACGGCAUCCGAGCUGGAAGGGGAAAGACCUCCUUGAAGGUUCUCCUGGAUUCUCUGGCAGCAGACAUUAUUUGUCUUCAAGAAACCAAAGUUACCCGUGAUAUGCUGGAUGAACCAACAGCUAUUGUUGAUGGCUAUGAAGCUUAUUUCAGUUUUUCACGAAAACGAACUGGAUAUUCUGGCACAGCCAACUACUGCGUGUCUAGGACAGGGCCGGUGAAGGCAGAGGAAGGUCUAACGGGGAGACUAUAUAUAUCUGCCGACUGUGAGAGUCUUGUUGGUCACUACGGCGACAUGGAGCACUUGUCAGACGGCGACCUUGAUGCACUGGAUGCUGAAGGCCGCUGUAUUAUUACACAGCACAAGAUCAGACUUGCGGGAGAAGAGAAGGAGGUGGCUAUCAUCAACGUCUACGUCCCGCGGGUGGGCGAGGACAGGGAGGACAGACACGAGUACAAGGUCAAGUUCCUGGGGAUGCUGCAGGGCAGGGCGGAGGCUUUGCUGGAGGAGGGAAUUCAUGUCAUCAUCUUGGGAGAUCUGAACCUGACCCACAAGCCUUUGGACAACCCCGAGUAUGAUGACAAUUUUCAGGUUAGGCCGAGUCGUGUCUGGAUCAACAACAUUUUGCAAGCAAAAGAGCAGGACUCGUCUCUACCUCCGUCAACUGGCAUGAUCUCAGAGUUGUGUCCAGGCAACCUCAAGGGCGGUCGUUUCAGCGACGUUUUCCGCCAGCUGCACCCACAGAAAGACGACGGCUUCACCAACUGGAACACCGCCACUGACGCGCGGAAAGCCAACUUUGGCCGGAGACUGGACUACAUUCUGGUGAACCUGGAGCUGGCCAAGUACGUGACGAGCUGUGAGAUCAUGGCGGAGGUUGAAGGUUCGGACCACUGCCCCGUGGUGGUCACUCUGAGCGCCGACCCUGUGGCGGCGUCGGUCACUCCGAACUUGUGCACAAAACUCAUGCCUGAAUUCAGAGGCCAGCAGCAGAAGUUGUCGUCUUUUUUCUCAAAGACGGAAAAGUUUGCGGCUUCAUCGUUGUCUUCGUCCCCCGUUCAAGUAGACUCUGACUCAAUUGUUUUGUCCAGUUCACAAGAGGAUUCUGGCAACGUUUUGUCGUGCUCCCCCUUCACAAAGUCUAAAAGUCUUCCUCCGCAAGUGUCGGAGAAAAGCAAAUUGAAGAGAAACAGUUCUGCGGUCGAUAACACCAAGAACAAAAAGUUGAAAAAGAAUGACACAGGAAGUAAACAAGCCAGUUUGAUUUCCUUUUUCUCCUCCUCGAGUUCAUCUAAAAGCGACAAAGUGUCCAACAAUUCAAAAGCUAGUCUCAACGUUCAGAGACGGUCAGACUCUGCCAGCAAAAACAACACAAUAGAAGUUCGGGAUGAUAAGUGUAUAGACAACUCUGUGAAAGCUGAGACUUUAGAAAUUGUUGAAACGGUACAAUUGGGUGAAGAGGGCGAGGUCAACAAACUCUGUGACUCAUCAACUGCGAAACAGGAAGUUCCUUUACGUCGUACGUCUACAAACAUUUCGUCGUCGUCGUCGUCAUCAGUGGCCCCCAUCAACCCGCCGCCGACUAAAUCCUCGGCCAGCGUGUGGAAGUCCCUGCUCGGCGGCCUCCCCCCUCCCCCACUGUGCCCGGGACACAAGGAGCCGUGUGUCUUGAAGACGGUGAAAAAGGCGGGCCCCAACAAGAACAAACAGUUUUACUCCUGUCCCAGACCCGACGGGGCUCCGGGAAAACCUGAGUUCAGGUGUAACUUUUUCCAGUGGCUGAAUGAUAAGAAGAAAAAAAAGACGUGAUUAUGAGUGGAUUGUAUUACUAUUUUGGGAGAUGUUUUUGUUUUGUUUGGCUUGUGAUACUGUUGUCAUAAUGCUGGGUAUUGGUUGUUUUGUUUGUUUUGUUUUGAAGGUUUGGUUUUUUUUGUUGCUUUUUUUUUGUUAAUGGG